UUAUUUUGCAUGCAGUGAACUUUCUUGGGUUCACUUUUUUAUCGGCCGCCUCGUUGAAAAAUGCUUUUAAAGAGUAUAUUGUGGCUUUUCUCGUUAGCAUUUCUUUUCCAGCACGGCAACUCAGCCAGGAUUUUAGGCCUGUUUCCCUUUUCCGGGCCGAGUCACAACCACGUGUUCAGCGCCCUGACCACCGCUUUGCACGACCGGGGUCAUGACUUGACGGUGGUGACAGCAUAUCCGCUGAAAAAUGCGCCCAAUAUAGGAUACAGGCAAAUAGACGUGAAGCCCAUCCGCGACUACUUCGAGUCGUUCGACGUUUACGAGUACUCGGGCCAGAGCACCUUUGGCCGGCUAUGGUCCAUGUGGUACUCCUUCUCGCACAACUGUCCUCUCGCGGCCGAGAUGCCCGAGGUCAGGCAGUUGCUCAAAGAGAAAUUCGACCUUGUACUCGUCUCGACGUUCUUUAACGAGUGCCUCAUUCCUUUUGCGAAGCAUAACAAAGCUCCAUUGGUCAUGGUGAGCUCUCUUGGCUCCCUAGGUUUUGGAAUGGGAAUAAAUAAUCCGGAGCCGAGUUCAUUCGUUCCAAGCGUUUUUCUGCCAUUCACGGAUCACAUGAGUUUCUCGGAACGAAUGGUGAACUUUUUCGCCACCCUGUUCGUGGACCUGUGCAAGUACUUCAGGCACUACCCGAAGAUGGACGCAGCAGCGAAGGCGCUCUUUGGGCCUGACACGCCGUCGGUGAUGGAGCUGGAGACGGACACCAGCCUGAUCAUCCUCAACAGUCACCCGAGUCUCAGCUACCCAAAACCUCUUUUGCCGAACGUGAUUGAAGCGGGUGGAAUGCAUAUUAGGGAAGACAACGAAACACUUCCAGAGGAUCUCAAGCAAUUUAUGGAUGAUGCAGAGCAUGGCGUCAUUUAUUUCUCGAUGGGCUCGACGCUGAAGGGAAACAAAAUGCCAAGAAAUAAGGUGGACAUCCUGGUGUCGGCGUUUGCAGAGCUUCCGCAAAGGGUGAUUUGGAAGUGGGAGAGUGAAUCACUGCCUGGUAAACCGGAAAACGUUAAAAUCAGCGAGUGGCUACCACAGCAGGCAAUACUGGCACAUUCAAACUUGAAAGCAUUCUUCACUCACGGCGGACUAUUAAGUACACAAGAAUCAGCCUAUUUCGGAGUUCCCUUAAUUGGAAUGCCAAUGCUUGGUGAUCAAAUGCUCAACGUCGAGAGAUCAGAGAAAUUAGGAUACGCAGUAGGAAUCGACUUCAAAACACUCACCAAAGAAUCGGUUAUGAAGGCCAUUCGCACCAUUUUAGAAAAUGAAUCGCAUAAAUUGAAUGCUGAAAAAUUGAAAACCCGCUUUCGAGAUCAGCCGGAAAUGCCUUUGGAGAGGGCGAUUUACUGGACUGAAUUUGUUCUGAAACACAAUGGAGCACCCCAUCUGCAAUCGCAAGCCGCAAAAUUAAGCUGUUACCAACUGUACAUGCUAGAUGUUGGGGCUUUGCUUUUCAUUCUCAUCACUUUUGGACUUUGGACCGAUUACUUGUUCAUCAAUUCCCUGUUCAAGUCACCAAAGAAAGUUAAAACAAGUUAA